AAAUACUUCCGAUCGUGAAUCUUAACGAGGAACUCGAUAUCAAUGAUGACGACUUAAUCGAGGAGUUAUGCACCGAUGUUAAAGGAUUUCACUUACGGAAUGAAACGGAUGUCAAUGAAUAUAUCAAUUAUUCAGAAGAGAAUGAGACAGAGGAAAUACCAACUGAUCAGGAAAUCGUUGUUUAUGAGUACAGCUAG